AUGGUGAUCUUAUAUGAAUCUUUAAUGCAUACACAUUGCUACUCUUUCAAGCANUAUGAAGAUACACGCCAGGACAUUCUUGUUGGGUUGUUACGUUUGCGUAAAUGCGGGAAGAAUGUAACUUGUCCAGAACUCAUGGGAAAGUGUUCUGUUGUCCGGGAGCUUCAUGUAUAUGGAACGGCUGUACCAGUUCAUGGUCGAGAGGCUGAUAAGUUGCAACAUCAGGGUUAUGGUACCCUUCUAAUGGAAGAAGCAGAGAGGAUUGCUAGAAGAGAACACAGAUCUAACAAAAUCGGUGUAAUUUCUGGUGUAGGAACUCGGCAUUACUACAGAAAGUUAGGUUAUGAAUUGGAAGGUCCUUACAUGGUUAAGCAUCUUCUUUGAAAUUAUGUUACUUCAAAACCAAAUUUGCGAACCUGUAUGUUGAACUUAUCACAUUGUCAGCGGUAUCAUUUUUGCUUUUAAAAAUUUUAGUCAUGUUGAAACCGGCUGAUUCCUAUACGAACUAUGGUGAUCUUAUAUGAAUCUUUAAUGCAUACACAUUGCUACUCU